AUGAAUAAGAAUGGGCAGGCCGCUGCCGUUGUCGCAGUCGCUCGAGCGGGAGCGGAGCAACCAUGGCAAUUCGUCUUGGCACCCGGCGAGGCGGUGGUGCUCGGGCGUGCCGCUGACUGCGAUGUGGUUCUCCAAUCCAGGGGAGUGUCAGGGCGACAUGCGGUCCUGCGGCACAGGCAAGUCAACGACACGUCAGAGAUGUGUCUCGAGGAUACCUCGACGAACGGCACUGGUUUGGCCUCGGGCAGUGAGUGGCAGCCUGUGCGAAAAGGAGAUAGCAAGGCCUUGGGCCAAUAUUCGCAGAUUUUGCUUCCCUUCAACUGCAAGGUCCAUGACCAAGCAGUGGUUCUCACGGUUUCAAACUUCGGUCCGGGGCUUCCGGAUGCGUAUGAUUCCAGGCACAAGACCGGGCGGUGGAGAUAUCGGGGCAAACUCGGAGAAGGUGCGUUGGGCGUCGUUCACCAGGCCAUCGACAUCACGGGGAAGCUGAAGGGGGAUGUGGCCAUCAAGGUCUGCAAGGUCACCAAAGGUGCCAAGCCGACGGCAAAGCUGCGAAGCGCCUUCAUCCUUCAUCGGGAAGCUCAGUGGUCGUUGCAAAGGCUCCACAACUCAAGCUACAAGGGGUUCUCAGAGAAGAAGGCAGCUCUCUUCGCUCGAUACCUCGAGGACCAUACCGGCCGAUGGAGCCGGGACAUGGACUUCGACGCGGAGCGGGCGACGUUCGAAUCUCCGGAUUUUCGGUGGGACAAGUUCAGGCCUCCAGAGACACUCCCGCCACAUCCUUAUGUGGCGAUGGAGUUUGUCCCUGGCAGAACACUUCAUGCAGCUCUGGGCUGGAGUCGAGAUCAGCCCCUUCGCAGGGAAGCACUCCUCAGUCAAGAGGAGAAGCAGAUUGUGGUUCGACAAGCUGCAGAGGCAUUGGUUUAUUUGGUAGAAAUGGGACUGAUACACCGCGACUUCCGGACCACGAAUCUUAUGGUCUCAGAGAGGAAAGCUGGCAUUCGCAUCCACGUGAUUGACCUGGGCCACACGAUUUUGGCGGAGUCGAGUCAAAGUCGCAACAAGAGUGCAGUUGUCAGGUGCAAUUGGAAAGAGGAAGAGAAGAAGCGAUUCGAUUGGGCUCCACCGGAAGUCAAGGCUAAGGAAAACUUCGUGAACUUUGCAUAUCCGGCACACUCGUUUGAUGUGUAUUCAUUUGGAGUGCUGGCUGUUCAGUUGCAGACUUCUGGCAUGCAGGCGGCGCGGCUUGCUGUCAGUCGGCUGAUGGGUUUGGAGGCGGGCGACCGCCUCUCGGGAGCGCUCGGCCUCGACGAGGAGCUGCUCUCGCGGAUGCUCGGCGACGCGUCGAAGCGCCCGAAUGCCGAGCAGAUCGUGGAGCACUUGCGCGGCAAAGAGCCAGAGACUGUGAAGCCGAAGGUCCCCGAACAGGUCAACGGCUCUCGGCACGACAUCCAUGUCUCAGCUGCUACGUUGGUUCAAGACAAGAAGCAGGAUGGGGCAGCCAACGGCAAACUGGAUACCAAAGUCGCAAGCGACAACGGCAUCGAUGUCCACGAGGAUCAUCCGCCUAAGGAAGAAGGUGCGGAGAAGGCAAGAAGGCAGCAAGGAGGUGUUGUGGAUGACGCGGAAAUUGAGGAGGUUGUCGAAGGUGAGAUGGCUGAUGACAACGACUCCAAUUCAUCUGCCGAAGGCAGGAAGGAUACGAAGGAUACGAAGGAGACGAAGGAGACGCAGAGAGCCCCCGAAGCUUUGCAAGUUCCUCACGCGGUGCUCCCCGUCAACCCGGACCAGAAGCCGAACACUGCCGAGCGGGAGCCAAGCCUCAAGCGACAGGCGGAGGGCGUUCCUCACGCCGAAGAGCCUGCCAAAAAGCGCCGGGAGAAGAAGAGCAAGGAGUCUCCAGCAGUACAGGGCGAAGCAGACAAAGCAUCAGUCAAGGAGCAUUUAGAGACGCAGGCAUCUCGGCAAGGCCAAAGCAGAGAGGCUGACACCCAAUCCAUUGCCGCAGCUGGGCCUGUAGAGUCUGCCGGCGGGGGAGCGAAGCGGCAGCGCGAUUCAAAGCCGCAGCCCGAGCAGCUAGCAGAAGAGCCCGCAGACGCAAAGCGGAGAAGGCAGACGGACCAGCAGAAGCAGACGGAGCAGACGGAGCAGGACCAAAAGGCGGCUGAGCUUGCGGCGCUUGCGGCGAAGAGAGAACAAGAUCUUCGAGAUGCGAAGAGAGAGAGGAUCCAAGAGCGAAUCCUUUUGAGGCAGUUGGGAGGCGAGAGACGUGCCAAAGAGAAUCCCUCCCCCGAUGCAAAGAGCAAGCAGCCAAGCACUUCUGGAGCUGUUCAAGAUGGGGCGAGCUCUUACCAAAAGGCAGACCGUGUUGCUGACGUGCAGGAACCGAGGCGAAUCGCCUUUGAGGUCAAGAGCCACCAGGAAGCCAAGAAGGCAGACCGCGCUAGUUCCGUUGCUACGGAACAGACAGCCAAUGUGCAAAAGCAAGUUGCACAGCCUUCGCAAGCGGAGCUUCUUGUUGAACCCGUCCUCAAAGCGGCCCAGGACUUCUCAGUGACGGCACCAGAGGAGCCACUCAGCAAGAAGGCCGAUAUCAAGAGCCAGGUGUCGGAGAACCACCAGCAGCUUCAAUCACAAAUGACAGCAAUGUAUGCCUGGAUGCAGCAGCAGAUGACCGUCCUGGACAACCAAGCGCCGAAGGCCGAAGAAGACUACCUACGAAGCUAUGCCCUUGCAUUGCAGACGCAAGCGCAGGCGGCAAAUCUGGUCCAAAACGAAGCCUUAUCUGAUCCUCUUGGCUGGGCGGGGCAGUCGUUGGGAGUCCCUGCAAUUCUGAGCAACCCGUUCUUGCUGCAACAAGCGGCAGCGGCGCCGACACCAAGCAAGGCAGCCUUCCCAGGGGCAGCUCUACCCUCACACCUACAGAUACUGUCCACACCCGCCACACCACUUCCCACAGUUCCCACUGUCCCUACCUCAUUGCCAGUACCAAUCGCGGUGGUGCCAAUGCGGCAAGCACCCUCAGCCCCAGUGCCACCGAAGGCCCCCCAAGUUGUUAUGCCGAAGCCAGGCUUUGCAGCAACGCCGCCAGCUUCCGCUCGUUUAAACAAAGCCGCCUUGUUAGCUCAAAUCCCCUGCAAAUCUGGAGAUUCGGCAAGAGCUGCUAUGCUGGCGCAGAUACCCUGCAAAAGUAGGGGUCCAUUUGCGCCUUCACACUAA